GAACGAGCCGAGCUGACAGACCGGGAUCGAAUCUCUUCCGUUCGGUUGGUUUCGUGUCAGUCCUGAUAGAUGCACGCUUGUGGGUAGUGUCGACUCUCUUUGGUUAGGAAAAAAAAAACACAUCAUUUUAUUCGGGAGUUGCAUUAAUUAGACGAAUUCACUGCGAAGCGAUGGCGUCUUUAUUGUUCUGCGGGCCGAAGCUGGCGGCUUGCGGGAUCGUGCUUAGCAUCUGGGGGGUGAUUAUGCUGGUGAUGCUGGGAAUCUUUUUCAAUGUGCACUCGGCUGUGCUGAUUGAAGAUGUCCCUUUCACAGAGGCGGACUUCCACGAGGAUAAGUCUCCUCCUCAGCGGAUCUAUGCCCUGUAUGAUCAGGUCAGCUACAAUUGCUUCAUCGCGGCCGGGAUAUACGUGCUGCUCGGGGGAUUGUCCUUCUGCCAGGUGCGACUCAACAAGCGCAAAGAGUACAUGGUGCGCUAGUCCGGAGCGGCACUGCGCGGCAUCGCCCCCCCUCUGCUGGUCAUCUCCGGAACUGCAGCCUGCUUAAUCGUUCUCUCUCUCUCUGCACUGAAACUUGUGUUUGUCUGAAAUUCCCGUAACUCUGUUCUGUUUUUAAAGGUUCUGUUUAUUACUUUUAUAGGAGGGGGGUCUUCAUUUUGUUGGGUUGAUUUUGGGGGGUGUCUUUGUUCCGACCCCAGUUCUAAAACUGAUCUGAAUGAAAUAAAUGUGCUUCAUGAUCUCAUCGUUCCUGUUAAACGAGCCCGGAGCGGAGGGGGGCGCUCCAGGACUGGCAGUGCAAACCGCUGCUCUGAGAUGCGUUUGUAUUUAAUAAUGUACGGGAUGUGUUCAAACGAUGUGCAUUCCAGAGAGAUAUCUCAAUCUCACCUCCCUCCCUCUAUCUCUCCUUCCCUCUCUGUCUCUGUGUAAAUAUCCCAGGCUCCGUGUUCUACAUGUUUAGACAUUGUGAUGUAUUUCAGUAGCUGUUUGAUUAUUACAGUGAUAUAUAACAGAGAAUAUAAACGAACGUGUCAGUCAGUAUAGAUGAGUUUUCUUAGAAAGCGUUGUUUUUUUUUUUCUUGUUGUUUUUGUUUUAAAACCCCCUGUGACUGAAUGUUGACAAUAAAGUGAGUUUGACGGAGA